GAAAAAAUAAUGGCAUACAUUAAUUUUUAAACUUAUUGAAAAUACUUAUACCAAAAUAUUGAAAAGCCGUGUGGAAGACAUUAUUAGGACAUUAUGAUUAAGUUUGGAUUCUUUUGCAUGCUUGUAAUUUUUGUAAUUAGUUAUACAGAUGCAUCCUGUCAAUUCAAAGAUUCCCUCCAGGGUAAAUGGAAUGGCGGUUAUGAUGGAGAGACCAGGAAAAAUAUUAUUUUCAAUUUUGAUAGAGAUACACUGAGGGAUUUUACAUUAAACAUGCCAACACUGUCACAUACAGAUUUUACUUGUGUCGAAAGUUUCCAGAAAGGAGAUACAACGAUUUAUACCUUACAAAAUGUGGAGACUCCACAACCUAUUUUUGGGAUACAAAUCGACAUUUAUUUUUGUCUGGCUGUGAAAGGCGAAGAGUAUUCCAUACAGACAGGUUUUAACCCUAUCCUAAAGGAUAAAGUAUAUGGCGUAAAGGCAGGCAAAUCUGUUACUGUAGAUGAUGUUUGUAACCAGAAUGGAAAUGAAAUGAACGAAAUGAUACGAAUAACUGAUCAAAUGAGAGAAAGUAAAGACAUAACAAGACUGUUCGAUGCACUAGAAACGGAACUUGAAGACCUACCUUGAACAUCUUCAGAUACAUUGUAUUUAGUCUCUAAUAACAUUUUGUAUUUUUAUCAAUUAAUUAAGUUUGGCGAAAUCAGAAAAUUAGUACAAAAACAUUUGGUCUGAAACUUUUAAUGGUAUCAUCAACAUUUUGUAAAUGAUUUUACCGAUAUAAAAAUGUAGUUCAAUUUUU